AUGGCCGAGAUUGAAAUGGAUGUCGACAUGGCCAAAUCAGGCCUCGACGGCCUUGACGGCCACAUGGAAGAUGACAUUAUUGAUUUCGAUACCGACAUGGUUGACUCCAACCAAGACUUACAAAAGCACGAUGAUGAUCUCGAGGCCAUGGACAGAGAAAUGCGAGAAGAUGAGGAUCUUAAAAACAACAACGCGUAUGAGACGAAUGGAAUGGCCGGCGAAGAUGUGGAGUUUGAUUUGCAUGAUGUCGAGAUUACAGUACAGAGCACAGAGCAUGUGGAUUACGAAGUUGUCGAGGCUGCUCUUGAGUUUCAAACAAAGGAGCUCACUGACACGGAUCAGUUUCCUAACGGAGACACCCAAGACCGCGAAAGGGUUGAACGCCUAAAUGAGGGAGAUGCUCACGACGAUGUGGUUCCAGAUGAUCGUACAUCUGCACAUGAGAUUGACUAUGAAUUUGAAGACACUGUGGAACCGAACGAGCCGCAAAAAGAUGUGAUUGAAGACGCGACACACCACUCAACAGGAUCCCAGGCAGAGGAAAGAGUCAGUACUGCUGUGGACCAUGAUGGUCUCGAAGCUGUGGAUGAUAUUGCAGCCGCUGAACAAGAUACGGUUGAGCCCACCAUAGAUGAGAGUGCAGCCUCGAAUCAGGAAGCUCAGAACGAACCUCGAGGUCAACACGAGGCAGCAUUUAGAGACGAAGAGGGAAAUACUUCUGAUGGAGCUGGAGCCCAAGACGUGAAUUUGGUACAGCAUAACGAACCUGCGGAUGCCUCCGACAACGAUGAAGAAACCCUCGACGAGGAGCGCAUUGCCAGUCACGGAGAGGCUACGCCUUCCACAAAAGAGGCAGAUAAUGGAAUAGUUGAAGGUGCCGAGGACACUGAAGAUCACGACUACGACAAGGUCGAAUCUGGCCAAGUCGAGUAUGACCAAGAUGUAACGGCUGAUCCGGAGCACGCGGAUCAUUCAGACACUAACGAGGGUCUGACUGGUGAGGCAGAUGACAACUUUCCUGCUAUCACGGUACAGUAUAAGGGGGAUGAAUUUCCUCUAUUCUCCGCCACUACCAACGGUUUCUUUGCCGACCUUUCGGUUCUCGACGAGCCUCUUGAGAAAUUGUUGGCUGGUUUCCGGACCGAGCUGGAAAGUGAGAUUGCCGAUGAUGACGACCUGGUGUUCCAGGUAGACGAGCUUGGCCUCGAGCUUGCCGAGACGACACAAGGCGAACUCAUGACAAAUGUUACAUUUCGACAAAUUCUUGAAAUUUUUGAUCUUCUCAUCAGGAACCAAGAUCCUGAUAGCACACGGACUCUGUAUACUUAUCUCUUUACUAAACCCAACACAGAGAAGCGCCUCGAAUCUCUCAUUGAGAGUGCCACCGCAGGUAAGGGGCUCGAUGAGGUCAUUCACCUCUUCGAGACUCCGAUGACUGCUGGUACCAGUAUGCUCGAAACGUCCGCAACAAUUGACGGUGUCCACGAGGAGCUGGACGAAUUUGAUAGCCCGGUUGACGAGGAGUAUCCCGACGAGGCCGAUAUCGCAGCCGAUGACGAAUAUCCGGAAGACGAGCAACUGGAAGAUGAACAACGAGAAGUCGAGCUGCCGAAAAACGAGCAGCCUGAAGACAACCAUCUUGAAGUUGAACAGCUGGAAGCCGACGACGUGGAAGAUGAAGAGGUGGAAUAUGAACAGCUAGAUGAUCAACAGACGAGCAUUGACUUAUCUGCUCUCCAAAAUCAAGAAGUGGACGAUCACGAAGUUGGCUAUGAAGCGGAUGGCCAAGACGACCACGAAAAUCCUCCGGAAAAUCUGGUCGAGAUACCAGCUGAUGCUUCCGCUGUCGAGGCAAAUACAGAAGACGUUGGCGAAAUUGAUGCAGGCGCUGACGAUGAAGAUCCUGAGCAAAAUGGUAAAACAACCUCCCUCUCUUCCAGUCUCCUUUGUUGCUACUCCCCCAAGUUCUGUCUCUGUGGGUCUUGUGUUGCCAAAUAUGUCGAAGAUCACGAACGAGACGAAGCAGAAUAUCGACGGAGUCUCGAGGGGAAUAAUGAUAAUAAGCGCAACCUCCCGAUCAAUAGGCAAUUCCUCAUCUCCUCUCCAUACAAGCACACCCAGUCAAACUCCGAUUUCAGCACAACCUUUUCGUUUAAUAGAACUGACGAAUUUUCUCCAGCACGUGCUGACAGUGAGAUCGACCCCUUUGCCAACUUCGAGUUGGACGAAGACAAUGAAGCGAACGACGAUGUGAACGGCGAUGUGGCUUUUGAGGAAACGGUCGAGACCAAAGAGGAGGUCGCUGUCGAGACUGAAGAUGUUCGCGCACAGACUAUCGACACGAGCACCACAACCACUCUCCAAGAAGAAGAAGAAGCAGCCUCUUUCCACGUCGACCUCGGUGCAGUUUCCACUGAGGUGGAAACGGCCGAAAAAGCCAGCAGUGGCGAGAAUGAUCUGGACGAAAUUGACUGGAGGGACGAGCCCGAGGCAGAAGACCAAGAACCAACCACACCCUCUGCCGCUGGUAAGCGAUCCCGUGGGGAUGAUGACGACGUUGGUGCAGAAGAUGAACAAGAUGCCAAGCGUCGUCGUCCAUGA